AUGAAAGAAAUAUCCAUAGGCACAAUGCAAAUGUGCGGCAACGGAUAUCGAAUACGCAUUCAGCAAGAGCUGCUGGGUACCUGUCCCCGCUACGUACACUAUGGUUUUUUUUUUCUCUUUCCUUUUUCUUCUCUUUAA